GGCGGAAGGGUUGCGAUCUGAAAGAGAGAGAAGUUGGACUGACAUGACAGUCGACUGCGAGAUGAUGAAAGAGAUGAAGAAGACAAAGAUGGCAUCAAAUUACUAGUUGGUGCGUGCAAGUCGUAGAGAGGGAGGGCGGGAGUGAGGGAGGGAGGAGGGGGGGGGAAAGGAGGGGCCGGUAGAAGAACGAGUGAAAGGCGUAGGGGUUGUGUGGAAGCUUUGUUUAGAGACGGCGAUCAUGGCGGUGGCCAUGGAUUUGCAAGCGAGGAGGAGCCUGUGCAGUUUGAUUGAGAAGGUGACAUUAACCACUGAUAUGACGUUGGACAGCGAGACGAUGAAGGCAAUCAAAGCAAUCGUGCGAACGUCUGACGAUAACGUACGGAGCGCAUUUGAAAUUCUCCAAGAUCGACUAAAAAAAAAGCAUUCGCAGGUGCGUUAUUUGACUGUGCUGGCCAUCGAUGAGCUGUUCAUGAGGUCAAAGCUCUUCCGUUCCCUGCUGACAACUGUCUUCGAGUCGUAUCUUCUCUUGACGAUUGGGUACCGGUCGGAGCAGCCUUUGCCACCGCCGGAGUCAGCUGCGGAUGCGCUGCGCAAGAAGAGUAUUGAAAUUCUUGAGAAAUGGAAUGAUAAGUUUGGCACCAGCUACACCCAGAUCAGGCUGGGCUAUCGGUACUUGAAGGACACAUUGCGGAUGCAGUUCCCGAAUGUGAGAGAAAGAGAGGCUGUAGCAGAGCAGGAGAGGAGGGAGAGGGAGGAAAGGACUCGUCAGCUGUUAGUAUCCAAGUAUGAGAGCCUGAAGGCAGAUUUCCCUGAGCAGGAAACUCAGUUCGUCUCCACAAUGAAAGAAAUCGAUGAAGCUGUGGCCAUCCUUGUGGCACCAUUGGCGGUAGGGCCAGCAGAUCUUGCUGCUGUGCAUACUGUGAAGAAGGGUGGGUGUGCCAAUCACGAAGCCGGAGUGGAGUUAUAUGAAAUGGAAAUGGAGGCAGAAGGGUUUUGGUGCAAUGAUCCAGGUGCAGUCAAGGAUGGAACUGAUGAAAGCAGAAGAUUACGACAUCAACAUAUGGAAAUCAGUAUGGAUGACAUCGCAGUGAAGGAAACCAGAGAUAACUCCGCAAUAUUUGAGUUACUGCAAGACCUUCACAAGUUGGUUUCAGUCACAUAUCUGCCAACGGUUGCUGAUUGGGUGUCUGUUCUCACAAGGGUCGAGAGUGAGGAAAGGGCUGAACGAAAUGCGCUGCUCAAAAAGGUGAUAGAUCUGCGGAAUCAGUUAAGGGCAUCCGUUCAGAAGUGUGAAGUCCUAGGUGUACAUAAACGGAGAAGAAAUUCUCUCGAUGAUGUCGGGGAUGGAGGGUCCGAUCCAGAGCUGGGCGAUGUGACUUGGGAGACUGGCAAUGUGGAGACGGAAGCCGAUGCAGGUGCAGCAGGUGGCAAGGAGGAGAGAAAACAGGAGUCUCGUGACGGUGCAGGAGGCAGCAAUAGUUCCUUGGCGGCAAUUAAACCGGGCACUACAUCUGAACCUCAUCAGCAAGGUAAGAAGGGCAACACCAAUUAUGAUGGCGAGGAUGACACUGAAAGCAAUGCUGCAAAUCACAGCUUCGCUGUUCGGAAACAACAAGGUCUUGAGAAUGCGUCCUCAAGCAGCAAUCGAAAAGAAUUGUUGUCAAUGGCCCCGCGUGUGUCCUGGGGCCAUGACCUUGAUGUUUGGGGAAACGCGGACUAUGUUCCAGUCAACAGUCGAGGUCUGACGUUGGAAACACACUGGGGGAGGUAUGAGCCAGAUGUGUGCCUUCCACCAGAACGCGUCAUGGAAAUGAACAUGCGAGUGUCAUAUUAUGAACCCGAGGGUGUGCGCAAUGAACGACGGAAUACGACAUGUGGUGCACCCCUUCGAAAUGGAGGUUUCUGCACCCGAAGGGAUCUGUUCCGCUGCCCAUUUCAUGGGCCCAUCGUGCCUCGCAAUGAGAAGGGGGAACCUCUUGUACCUGCCACGGGCACAGAAAGGCAGUCGGAGGAUAUCCAACGAGCCGUUGUGGGUAGCAAAGACGCAGAAGUUCCAGCAGAGGAUGUGAUGGAUGGGGAUUGUGGCACGCCAGAGGACGCUGUCGAUGCAAAUCAUGUCCAGGUUGAGAAAAUUGACCUUGUAGGGGUAUCGCCAUCGCAAGCGCAAGCAGCAGGCGCUGAACUUCCUCUGCUCAGCAGUUGUUUGCCAGCUACCAUUCCAACGGAGGUAGGCACUCGUCAUGAUGCCGGUGAGCAGAAGAGGGUGAACAAUGGAGACGAUAACGGAACGAGUUGUCCUUCUGUCAAGGAGUACCACAGGAUUUUGGCCAGAGUAGCUGCUCAGGCGCUUGCCAAUGUGCAGCGGAGAAGGCAAGUGAUGGAAACUGGUGAUCCAGGUAGUGACAAGACAACAAGGAGCUCUCGUAGCGGCAAAGUUGUUGCGCGAUCACGUCAGUCAUCCUCCCAGCAGAGGCGGUUGGAUAGAGAGCACAAUGCUGCUAUGCUGUGUAUGGCAGCAAUGGAGGGUAGCACAGCAGGACUUGAGAGGGAUGCAAUUGAAGAAGCUCUUGUGAGAGGCUCUCAGAGUAGGAGUGGCCAUGCUCGACGAGCUUGUCACAAUAAUAGGCUGCUUCUGACGGUCAAGCCCAAAGAAACGGCCAAGGACAGAAUUGCCAGGCGUCUGCUAGCUCCACAGGUCGUCGCUGCAACAAUAAGGGAGUUUCAAAGAGAAGACAACAUUCAGUACAGGGUUUUGAACUCGAACCGCUGACAUCCCUAUGAGAAAGCAAAGCAUUGACGAGGGAAAUGAGUGCAUCCCUCCGGAGUACUUUUCACUCCACAUACCCAGAAUACUUUCGCACCGGCCUCUUCAGUGAGAAGACUGACAUCUACUCAUUUGUGUAUCACAGUCCUGGAGAUAGCGAAGUUGAUGAACUGGAGAUGGUAAAGUGAUGUUGAUGAUAAUGAUGCUGAUGAUGGAACUUGGGAAUGGGGGAAACGAUGAAGAUGGCUGGUGGAAGGUAUAGAAACAGGCGUGAGAUGCAGCAGAUGUACAAGGAAGGUAGAAAGUGGCUAUGUAGGUCCAGCGGAAGUAGGAGGAAGAUGAAAGUUGUUGUGGGGUGCAGGGGAAGUUGGAAAUGAUGGGGGAAAUGGCUAUGGACUAGUAUGGAGGCAAAGAAGGGGAUGACAAUGAUAAAAAAAGUGUACCAUCAUCAUCAAGAUCAGUUUACCAUCUCCACUUCACCCACUUCUCCAUCUCCAGGACUGUGAUACACAAAUGAGUAGAUGUCAGUCGUCUCAUUGAAGAUCCUGGUGCGAAAGUGUUCUGGGGCUAUGCAGUGAAAAGUACUCCCUAGCUUGAUGGCGCAGUGGAUGAGGGGACCACCUCCCGUGGACUGAUUGGAGUGAAGAAAGGACAGGGCCCGGGCAACCUGUCCCUGGGUCCGUCUCCAGGACUGUAAUACCAAACAAUUAGAUGACCAGUGGACGCUUUUCGUUCUUCCCAGGUUUAAGGAUACAUGUUACUCCCCAUUUAAAUUCUCCUUUUGACUAUCGCGUCUCGAAGCAUCAAAAGCUUGACUAUCGCGUCUCGAAGCAUCAAAAGUUUUUCAAACGAAGUACCGUCAAUGGUUGUUUGAUUAUGGCCUGGAGUCACCUCUUAAGCACGGAAUAUAUAUUAUUUUGUUACACAAUACUUUGCAAUAAACACCGUACAAAGUCAAGAUUCGGGCAGAGUUCGCUACUUUUGGUCAAAGGCAAGAAGCAGGUGUUAAAGGUCACGUCCCAAGUCUGAGAAAUGUCUAAGAAAGGACCUAGGGUCGAGGGGUAUCAUGAGUCAUGACCUGACUAAAAACUUUGUGUCCAGUACCCCAAUGUGAGGCCGUUGAGUCCUGGAAAUUCGAGAGUCAAACCUAGCACGGGAAAAGCAGGCCCAAAAGUCCACAAGUCAACCCAGUAGUACGCCACGGCCGUAGAUCAGAUCCAGAUCAAGGGUUGUCUGCAGGUAUCCAGAAGAUUCCAGUUCCAACUGGGAUACCAUAAUUCGGCUCCAGAACUGCGUCAAGGCUGUCGAGAUCUGGCACAGUUGGACCAUUGAUGCGGUCCAAGGAGGGACUCGUCAAUGCCAGUCAGCGUGAGUCAACGGUAUUUUACUAUUUAUGGACGGUCAGACCACUGGGGAGGACAUUCUGCCUUGCCCGAGUUCUUGGCCAGUGCUGCUCGUGAGGCUGGGCGAUUAUGCUGCUGGUGCCAGAUGCUGCUGGGGGGCGCCGGGCUUGAGGGAGACAUGCUGAGCUGCCAUAGCCGCCAUAGCUGUAGAUGUGGGAGGUAAGGUUAGGCGAGGAGGAGGGUGGUCAUAUCUGUGAGAUUGAGGCAAGAGGUGAAGGGAAGCCUACCUGGACGCACCUGUCGUCAAUGUGAUCGUUCUUCUGCUGGUCUUCGCGAAGGUGUGGAUUGAUAACACCAUCCUCCAUUGCUCGGUACAGUUUUUGGAAGGAGGAUGGGCAGUCGGCGAAGAUCUGCACAAUGAUGAUGUCAAAGGCCGUCUGAAGGGAUCACGCAUUGCUGAGGCGGUGACAGGGGAGAAGCCUGAUGAGGAAGUGGGCAGAAGAUGGACAUUCACGCAUGAUUGAUUAUGUGUUUCUCUCCCCCCCCUCCCCUUUGUCUAUAUUCUCUCCUCUAUGCCACUCUUCGAUGAGGACGCACUGCUUAUGAC